CAAAUCUCAGCAAAGUUUUCAUUCAGAAAUUUUCAUACAUAUGAUCGAUUGAUAUUACGCGCUUGCGUUCUCAACAAUAAUCCAUUUUCCAACUGCCUGGUUAUCAGCACUCAGUCGUCCAGCAAUACUAAAGCCCUACACUGAUGAUUCUACAUUUGAAUGUUAAAAGUUUAUCUUCUAGUAUUUGAUAAGAGAUAAAUUUGUCUCCUACUACUCAAAGCUGUCAAGCAGACAGUGACGCUAGUAAUAAUUUUCAAAAUGCUUUAAUCAAAUACCAUAUCGGAAGCAGUCAUACAAUACGAUCAAAUUAUUAGUGAAUCAUUAACAACAAUAGGUGAAACAGCUCAAUUUACAAUCAAUAUAUUUUUCUCAAUGAACUAUGACAAGAGUUACAAAUCUGUUCGUUAGGACACUUGCACAAGCCACAAUCGACAUAGACAAAUCAGAAUACGAUUUGGACACAUUUUUGGGACGAUGCAGACACUUCUUCGAGAUCACCAAUCCAUUAAAUCUGCUUGUAAGCGAUGCAGAAUUGGAAAGGUCCAAAGAACUAGUUUUAGCUUGCAGACAAAACCAACCAUUGCCAGAUGAUGUUGUAGAAGGGGAGUUGCGAAGGGCUAAAAUUCUCUACGAUUCCGCUUUUCAUCCUGAGACAGGCGAAAAGAUGAACCUGAUAGGCAGGAUGUCAGCGCAGGUCCCAUGUAACAUGCUCAUUACCGGUGGAAUGAUGACAUUCUACAAGUCCAAUCUGGAGGUAUUUCUCUGGCAAUGGAUAAAUCAGUCUUUCAACGCCUUAGUUAAUUUCACCAAUAGAAGCGGAGAUGCAUCUUUCACAAAUGAGCAAAUUGCACAGUCUUAUGUUCUCGCAACCAGUGGUGCCGUUGUUACCGCAGUUGGUCUCAAUAAAGCCCUCAAGAGAGCACCACCAGUAGUUAAGAGGAUGGUACCCUUCUUUGCUGUCUUUGCUGCCAACUGUAUCAAUAUUCCACUGAUGAGAGCUCAAGAACUAAAAUGUGGUACAGCAAUUUACGACAGUGAUAAUAAUAAGGUAGGCUACUCUAAAGCAGCCGCCCAGAAGGGUAUUUCUCAGGUUAUCAUCAGCAGGGUAUUCAUGGCAGUACCAGGAAUGUUGUUUUCUCCGGUAAUAAUGAAUGGGUUGGAACAAAGAGGCACCUUUUGUAGAUAUCCCUGGCUUGCUUUACCCUUGCAAACUGGUAUAUUAGGACUGUUCUCACUUUUCGCUACUCCUGCUGGAUGUGCUUUAUUCAAACAAUGUCAAAAAUUACAAUUUGAAGAUCUGGAAUGUUCAGUACAGGAUGACCUUAGACGUAGAUACCAAAAUAAGCCCCCCGCUGAAGUAUUUUUCAACAAAGGGUUAUAAAUUAGCUUCCAAGCGAAUUUUCGAAUAUAGCAAUAUCGACAAUAAUGAAGUGUUGUGAUUGGUUAUCGUUUUGUUUAUUACAAAUUCAAUAAAUGAUUGGUCUAUUUAA